GACGUUCUGUACACACUAAGUAUCUCACACUUGCUGUUUGGAACUUGACUUCCCGUCAUCGUCCCGUGCCUUUAAUUGUCUACCAGCACAUUUGGGAAAUAAUGUCUGUCUUUGGCGAGGCCGAUGACGAAUUCCAGUUUCUACGAACGGGUGACGAGGUGGUUCUGCAAAGCGUCUUCACUUCUCAGGAAGAGCAUGUGAAACUUUGCCUUGCUGCCGAGGGCUUUGGCAGCAGGCUGUGCAGGCUGGAGGCCACCUCCAACUGUAAGAAUGUUCCACCAGACCUGUCAGUGUGCCGCUUCUUCCUGGCCCAGUGUGUGUCUGUGCGAGCUCUGCAGGAGAUGCUGGCACACAGCGAAAGCUUGGUGGCAGAGGGAGCUGGGGGGAACCAUCGUACCCUUCUGUAUGGCCAGGCUGUGCUGUUCCGGCAUUCGUACAGCGACACGUAUCUUAGUUGCUUGUCCACAUCUCAAUCCUCCACUGACAAGCUGGCUUUUGAUGUUGGUCUGCAGGAGGAUAAAGCCGGUGAGGCCUGUUGGUGGACUGUGCAUCCAGCUUCCAGACAGAGGUCAGAGGGAGAGAAAGUACGUGUUGGUGAUGACCUCAUCCUGGUCAAUGUGUCCUCAGAGAGAUAUUUGCACUUGUCCUUUGGCACGGCCUGUGGCAACAGAGGCUUGCGUGACAGUCUGAUUGUGGAUGCAUCCUUCCGGCAUUCUCUGUGGAGUGUUGCCCCCGUCUGCUCUGCAAGUAGACUCGCUCAAGGCAAACUUUUCUCUUAUUUGCUCUCUUGCCAUUCUGAAAAUUUAAUGAUUCGCCGCAGAGCAGGAUGA